CCUAUGAGCGCGGCGCCAUUAGAGAUCCAAGUAACUCAACUAAAAACAAGAAACAAGCAAGCUGCAUUAUUGGGUUGAAUUUAAGUUUGGUAAUGGAUUCCCAUUCCUCCUAAUUAUUCUUUUCUUUUAAAACACCCCCUCCACGUGCCAUUUCACUCUUCUACAAUCCAUCACUUUCACACUCUCACUCGGCAAUCUCUACUAUAAAUUAUACAACCACCUCUGCAUCCAGCUUCUGUACCAAGAUGGAUAAGUAUGAGGUGGUCAAAGACUUGGGAGCUGGGAAUUUUGGGGUCGCAAGGCUUCUCAGGCAUAAGGAAACCAAACAGCUCGUCGCCAUGAAAUAUAUCGAGCGAGGUCACAAGAUAGAUGAGAAUGUGGCGAGGGAGAUUAUUAAUCACAGAUCACUGAGGCACCCCAAUAUUAUUCGAUUCAAGGAGGUCGUUUUGACGCCCACCCAUUUGUCCAUUGUGAUGGAGUAUGCAGCUGGUGGGGAGCUCUUUGAACGAAUCUGCAGUGCUGGUAGAUUCAGUGAAGAUGAGGCUAGAUAUUUCUUUCAGCAGCUCAUCUCUGGUGUCGAUUAUUGUCAUUUUAUGCAAAUCUGUCAUCGAGAUUUGAAAUUGGAAAACACACUCUUAGAUGGGAGUCCCGCUCCUCGCCUUAAAAUUUGUGAUUUCGGUUACUCUAAGUCAUCAGUGCUGCAUUCGAGGCCCAAAUCGACUGUAGGAACUCCGGCAUACAUAGCUCCAGAAGUUCUCUCUCGGCGAGAAUAUGACGGGAAGUUGGCGGAUGUAUGGUCAUGUGGAGUCACACUGUAUGUAAUGCUUGUGGGAGCAUACCCUUUUGAAGAUCAAGAUGACCCUAAGAAUUUUAGGAAGACAAUUCAGAAAAUAAUGGCUGUACAGUAUAAAAUCCCGGACUAUGUUCAUGUCUCACAAGACUGUAGACAUCUGCUCUCUCGCAUAUUUGUUGCAAAUCCUUUAAGAAGGAUAACACUUAAAGAGAUCAAAAGCCACCCAUGGUUCUUGAAGAAUUUACCUAAGGAACUAAGGGAGUCGAGUCAAGCAAAUUAUUACCAGAGAGAUAACGCAAGCUACUCUGCUCAAACUGUGGAGGAGAUCAUGAAAAUUGUGUCGGAGGCAAGAAACCUACCUCCAUCAUCUGUACCGGUGAAGGGCUUUGGGUGGGGCGCAGAAGACGAAGAAGAGGAGGAAGUGGAUGACGCAGAACUAGAAGAAGAAGAUGAAUAUGAGAAAAGAGUGAAGGAGGUCCAUGCCAGUGGAGAAUAUCCAGUCAAUUAAAUGAUUAUACAGUCUUUGUUGUGUUGCUGUUAAUUAAUGAGUUAAACUAAAACUUACUAGAUCAUGUGUGUUGUAAUAUGCAAAACAGUUAUUGCUUAUAAAUGAUUGGAUGAAUGUCCUCAACUGUAGUAAA